ACAUAAAACGCCGGUUGCAAGACGCCAAAAAAAAAAAUUAAGUAGAAGAAGAAGAAGAGUCAGAGUCUAAUCUGCGCCUUGUUGUGAAAAUCUGCGAAUUCAGACAUUCUUCAGAGGAGAAGAGGAGCCCUUUCAUAGAUUUCUGCGUCCACAGACUCUUUCCUGCCUGCUUCUGUCUCUGUCUUGCCUCCAGUUGGUGAAGUCAUGGCUCAGCAGUCUCAGUCUGAUGGGGCUCAGAAACCGUUCUCUGCGGGUCGGGGCCUGAACUUUAACAUGAACGAGCAGGCUCCUGGCCGCCCGAUGGGGGGCGGAGCCUCGGGUGUUGGGAUGGGCGGGAUGCAGGGCCUGGAUAGCGACGGCCCGAUGUCCCGGCAUGGCAGCGGCAGUGGUCCUCUUGGCCGUCACAUGAAGCUGUUUUCCAGUUUGGGGCUGACGCCCUCUGACCUGGACGCUCUGGCUGAAAUCCCUGAUGAGGACAUCAGCAUGGAGACGCUGCCCCGCAUCCUGAUGCAGCUGAAGAGCCGUAAAGGGGCUGGAGGAGAUCGGGGGGCUGCAUCCUCUACCUCGGAAGCAGCUUUUCGAGGAGGACGGGAGAGCUGGGACCCGUCUCUGGGUCAGGGCCCGGCCCGGGCUCAGUCCUCUGGAGACUUUGGCUUCAGCUCCAUGCGUCCCGGCUAUGGCUCCGGUUACAGCAUGGGGCCGUCAUCAGAGCCCAUCUUUAUGCAGAGGAGGAUGGGCACACCUUCAAGCGGGAAGAUCCAGGACUUCCUGGGAGUCAUACCCCCCAUGUUCCCUCACGUGUGCUCUCUUUGUGACUUUGAUGUUCAUUCCACCAUGGAGUGGAACCAGCACAUUAACGGCCUUCGGCAUGCUGAGAACAGACGACGUCUUCUGGACAUGUAUCCAGACUGGGAGCCUAGCAGAAGGGACAUCCCCAACCUUUCUGCGGGCCUGCUGGGACCACCCCCCAUGUCCUCCGGACCGGUAGGAGGGAUGUCCUCCGGCUGGGGAGAUCGCAGCCGCUCAGAAAACCUGAUGGGACAGAACAUGUCUCGGAGCAGAGUGGUGGUGGUGAAAUACGACAGGAAGCCUCUGAGCAACAAGACUCUGUUUGCCUUCACCGAGACAUUCGGCCGCCUCAGAGAGCACCUGAUUCUCACCAACAAGGCCUUCCUGGAGAUGGAGACUCAUGAAGCAGCUCUAAACAUGGUCAACUACUACAAACAGCAUCCAACCAAACUGUAUGGAAAACCAGUGACCUUCUACCUCUCCCAGAGGCUGAUGGUCAUCGAGAAGGCUCACCGGUCUUCUGAUCUGCCGGUGGAGAGACCUGUGAGGGACAUCGUGGGCCACGGCAGCAAGGUGGUGUUCUUCGCCAACCUGCCCAAAGAUGAUGAGAAGAAGAAGGAGCUCCUGACCAUCGCCAGACGUUUUGGUACCGUGGAGAAACACUUGUUCCUGACUGACCAGGCGUUUGUUCAACUGGGAACUGUGGAGGACGCCGAGAUGCUGGUGAAGUAUUACAGCAUGAACCCGCUCAUCAUCAAAGGAAGGCUGAUCCGCCUCAACAUCUGCACCAAAUACAAAACCCUCAAUGUGAGCCACAGGCAGGAGGAAAAAGAUGCUCAGAGCCAGAGGAGCAGUAGGUCAGACACCGCCAGGGCAUCCAAGUCUUCAUCCAAGGGCAGAGAGGAGAAGAAGCAGGAUGAAAAGGAGGACAAAGACAAAUCUGCAGGAGUGGGGGAGGGCAAAGAGGACAAACCAGGAGAGAAGCAGGAGGGAGAGAAAGAGGGAGUUAUAAGUGGAGACACAGAUGAGGAGGAGCCUGAGAGAACAGAGUCUGGGAUGGAGGAAGAGCAGGAGGAGAAGCACCAGGAGGAGCAACAGGAUUCUGGUGAUGAUGACACAAAAGAGGGCGGGGCUAAGAAGGAGGCAGAGUCAGAGGGAACAACUGAACAUAGAGGUUUUGCAGAGGAGCCAGAAAACAAAGAGGAAGAAGGUGCUGAAGCAGAAGAGAGCCAUGAGGUGGCCGAAGGAGAUGAGCCUGAAGAUGAGUUUGAUCAGAGCUUCCUAGAGAACAUGGAGGACUUUGUGACUCUGGACGAGCUGGAAGAAGAUGACGGCGAUGCCUGCGGAGAGUCCGACGGCAUUGACAACACCAGGAAAGGGGGUAUGAGGGUAGUCAACAUCCUCGGCUUCAGGCGUGGGUACAACUUUCUCAACGAGAUGCUGGCGCUAGCCAAACCUUUUGGGAAGGUGGUCAAACACCUGGUUCUGGACCUGAGGCCUGAGGCAUACAUCCAGUUUGAGGAAGAGGCGGAUGCCAUUGCCAUGGCGAAGUUUUAUAACGCUAACGUGACAGCAACGGUGUGCGGCCGACCGGUGAGGAUCACCCACUCUCUGAGCUACCCCACCAUCCAGUGUGGAUCCAGCAGGGUCGUCUACAUCGGUCAGAUUCCCAACAUAAAAUACUCCGACCAGGACAUUCUGAAGCUGGCAGAGCCAUAUGGGAAAAUCCGGAAGUACUUCCUGCACCGGCUAAGGAGAGAGUGUUUCAUCGAGAUGGAAAAAGCUGAAUCUGCUGAGAAAAUGGCUGAAGCCUGUAAGGGGAAGCAGCUGAAGUUCAACGGGAAACGUCUGACCAUCUACGUGAGCCGGAAAUACAAACAGCUCAAACACGGUCAUCGCUAUCCCAACACAACGAAGAGGGAGAAGAGCAGAUCCCCAGAGAAAUCCAGCAAGGACGCCGAAGAGCCGCUGGCAAAGAAACCGAAACAGGAGGCGGAGUCAGAGGAGGAUGAGGAGGAAGAAGUGAAGGCUGAGGGGACAGAAGAAGAGGAGGAGGAGGAGGAGGCUGCGGUGGCGGGGGAGCACUGUGACAUCAGUGAAGAUGUGAAAGUGGAGAAAAACUUAGCUGAGAAGCUUGCAGAAGAUUCUGAGGAGAUGAAACUCAGUAAAGAGGAGGAGAUGGACACAUCGACCAAUCAGAAUGGACAGACAGAGGCUCCACCCCCUACUGAUGUCAACCCCAACGAGGCGGUUCUCCCGCCCUAUGACCCCAACACUCCAAUUGGUGUGGAGCAUGUGAAGAUGGGUUACUACUGUCGCAUCUGCUUCCUGUUUUACUCCAAUGAAGACAAGGCCAAGAAAACCCACUGCAGCAGCCAGGCGCACUAUGACAAGCUGCAGAAACAUCUGGAGAAGGAACAGAAGAAGAAGCUGAAGACGACGGCGUGAAAACACCAGAAGAAGAGUUUGAUGUUUCCUUUUUAUACUUGGUGUAGUUUGAUUAGAUGUUUGUUAUGGUGACACCACUGACCAAUCAGGAACUAGUCCCAGCAGGUACCUGUGAGUCACGAUGUGGAUCUUCUGUUCAGAACGUUUUAAAGUUGGAGGUUUUAUUCAAUAAACUGAUUCCUCAGACUUGAAA